AUGUAUCACCUUCUCAAAGGCUUUCACGAAUACAUGACGAGGAAGGAGGAGUUCUCGGUCAUAAUCAUUGGGCUAGAUGGGGCAGGAAAGACGACCCUGCUGGAAAAGAUCAAGACGAUAUACAAUGACGUUCCCGGACUGUCUCCGGACAAGAUUGCCCCUACAGUAGGACAGAACAUGGGCAAGAUAUCUCUUCCGUCUACCAUCUUGAAAUUUUGGGAUCUUGGUGGCCAGCGUGGUAUAAGGUCCAUAUGGCAUCGGUACUAUGACGACUGUCACGCCGUCGUCUUUGUCAUAGACGCAGAAGACCGGGAACGAUUGAGCGAAGGCUGGGAAGUAUUUGACUCAGUAUUGUCUGCACCUCAAAUCCUCGGAGUCCCAUUACUCUUGGUUGCCAACAAGCAAGAUAGUCCCCAAAGCCUCUCGGUGGAGGAGAUUCGGAAUGACUACGAGGAAUGGCACCGAAGAAAGCUUGACAGUGCGAGGAGAGGCUAUGGGGAGGAUGUUGACUCACAGCAACGGGCAGAACGGAUGGCUAGCUUAGAUGUCAUGGGGGCAUCUGCUAUUGAAGGCACGGGAGUGCGUGCUGCUGUGGACUGGCUGUUUAUUCGCGUCCAAAACAGUCGCAGAAGAGACGAGUCGACAUAG